CCAAUCAGCGUCUCUGAUACUGCGUUCUUCAACUCAACAACUGCACAGAAAACCAAUCCCUCACAUCUAUACGGUUUCCAUGCAAACAUCUACAACUUUCCAGAAGCCUUCAGAUAUUUAUAUUUUAUAUCUAGGUUGUCCCACUCCCAAUGCAAACAUUCACCGCUGGAAGAAGCUUUAGGAACGAGAGACAAAUAAACGAUGCCGAAAGGAAAAAAAUCGAGUUGGUUUUCCAUCAGUGUGAUGUGGGAAAGAAAAGUUAUUUGUCCAGAGAAGAUCUUAAGAUAGCAGUUGUCAUGCUUUUUGGAUACAAGCCAUCAAAGUCGGAGACAAAUAUCUUGAUGGGUAAUGGCACUAUUAAGGACUGUCCAGGGGUCCCACUGGAGCAGUUUGUGCCUCUCAUGGCGAGGAAGAUGUCAGCAGAAGACCCAUAUGAGAAGACAAGGCAGAUCUUCACUGCAUUUGAUGUACACUGUCGUGGCUUCUUAAAGCUGGAUGACUUCAAAAGUGCCUUCGAGCGAGUUGCCCCUCGUCUGCCGGAGAGAACUGUGCUGGAGGCUUUCCGCUUUAGAGAGGUGCAGAGGCUCAGGAGAGGGGCAUGCUUGAUGUCUCAACGGUCCUCCUCCAUGGGGAGGACUUCAUUAGAAUCUAAUUAGAUGUGUGCUACACUUCCAUUUGAAUGGGAGUCACCGGCAUGGAAAAGGCAAGUGUGAUUUUCCAGUUGCUGGAUGCUUAAUGUUGUUUUAAUUCUCCUCCCUGUUGCUACCAAAUUUCCCUCACAUCUGCUGUGUUUGCACUCGAUCAGUCUGCCGUUGAGAGUAAUAGAGAAAUCACCCCAUUGAGAGAGAGAGAGAGGCAGGAAAAUUCCAGCUCUCCCUCUGUAUCUCUUCCCUUAUGUUUGCUCUUCCUCAUCUGCAAUUGGAGGAGCAGUUUUCCUGUGGCGGUUUUUAUCCGCAUUAAUCUCGGUCUUGGUAAAAACAUCCGCUUAAUGAGUUUUACGUGAUUGCAAUCUGAUUCUCUGCUUGCAGACUUGCGUGAUACACUGUGGACAAUAAACAGCUGGACCAGGGAUGGCCAAAAAGCAAGAAAAUAAAGACCUCUCUCCAGCAGAAUGGCUUUUUUAAUUUCAUCUCUGAAACAGGAAGUGAGCACUGAGAGGAAGACAUGGUCUGCCCAUUGCUCUUUAAUGUCCUCCUCUGCUCCUCAGACACGAUUCAAUUUGCUCACACCGUCUUUAUCUGCUCGUUAUGUCACGAAUGAGUCAUUCGCCAAAAUGAAAUGUGCUUGCUUUGAGAGAACAGAGAAGAGCUUUGCUCUCAGCAGCUAGAAGUGUGUGAUAGAUCUGGACAUGUCACUUGGUUACAUCAUCAAACCAAGACAGACUGAUGACACAGUCAGUGGACAUUGACACUUAAAGGGUUAGUUCACCCAAAAAUAAAAAUUCUGUCAUUAAUUACUCACAAUCAUGUCGUUCCACACCC